AUUCCAUAUAAAGUAGCUUAUAACGUCGUGACACACCAUUUACUCACUAAAAUUUGUGAACAAGCAUGGAAUUGUUUGCUUGGAUUCUGCUGUUGCUGCCAUUGUUUCAAGAGUGCUUGGGGUCUGAAGUCUGGAAAAUCGUCCCCCGGCUUCUAGAUGGAGGAAUAGCGGAAAUACCCUCGAAGUCCUACAACGGAAGUACUAUAUCUCUGUGCGCAUUGGAAUGCCAGAUGAGACCGCCAUGUCAACUUUUCCGUUAUAACUCAGCCACAUCAGAGUGCGACUUGUAUGACGGAAGAAGAUUCAAAAGAACCUCCCACGUUCACCGAAACCAGUUUUAUCAGAAAAUGCCAGAAUAUUGUGUAACCGGGCGCGACGAAUGGUUCCCUGAGUAUCAAACUUGCAUUUGGAUUCCGACCCAGGUUUAUCCAUACGAAGAGGCAAAACGUCUUUGCGAAUCAGCAGGGAAAGUCAUGUUAGGCACAAAGAACUUUUCACAAGUCUUGGGCCUGAUGGAUCUUUUGGAUACUCAAUACAUUCACGUAUACUCUCUGCGCACUGGAACCAAAACUUAUGAGAUGGAUGACGGGACUUUGAUCCCAUCCACAUUGUGGUGUCCGGGGCAGCCAGACUCGGACUCUGGGUGUUUAGGGGUCCAAAGCGACCCCCAGAGUGACUGGUGUACCUAUCCCGGAGUAGACGAUAUCAGAUGUUCUGAUCACAGACAAUUCCUCUGUGUAUAGACAAGACAA